CCCUUAUGGGAUAUUUAAUUUGGUCACAGUCUUCCAUCUUUGCCACAUUGCCAAUUUACUAUUAUAUAAACAUGGAUAUAAAAUUCCGUCAUCACCACCUAAAGUCUCAAGUCUUAAUGUUUUGAUUUGCAUUUCUCAAACACCACAUAUAUGCUUUCCAUGUCUAAUUCAACUUUCCCGAGAAAAUGGACAACAGAAUUCACCAAAACCCUCCUGUCAGCUCCAAAUUUCAUUGUGUUUUCAUAUCUUGAUUUUCUGGAUUCUGUUUUUUGUGUCAUAUACAAAUAUCUUGACGUGUUCUUUGAAGGGAAGGCCUCUCCAUGUUACUGCACGACCACGAAGAUCAGUGAGAAUGGGAGCAAUGGGAAAAUGGGAGGCAAUGAGGAAAUUGGGAUGUCAGAGACUUUGCAUGGGAGGAAAAAGAAACUGAAGGAAUUAAUUGUUUUGAUUCAAUUUGUGGAGAAAUUGUUGAACAAAAAGAAGGGUGUUGAAGGUGAUUAUCGUUUCAGGAACCAGAAAAAGGCUGCUGUCCAUAGGUUGGGGAAUAGGUGGUCUGAUUGUGGGUGUGAUUCUUGCAUCUCUUGGAUGAAGACCGAUGAUCCCAAGCUUCACGUUGUAGUGAAGGAGGCCUCUUCACAAGAGGAUUCAAAGGGAAAUCCAAAUCCAAGUGAAAACGUGAUAUUCAUACAUGGGAUUCUCAGUUCUUCCUCAUUUUGGACAAAAACGCUUUUCCCACAGCUAUCUGAAUCGAAGAAGAGCAAUGGCUACAACAUGUUUGCGUUUGAUCUAUUGGGAUGUGGUAAAAGUCCAAAGCCAAGGGACAAUUUAUACACUUUGAACGACCAUGUGGAAUGGAUUGAGAAAUCUGUAAUCUCUCGAUUUCAAUUAAAUUCUUUUCACUUGGUUGCUCACUCCAUGGGCUGCAUCAUUGCUUUAGCCUUGGCUGCAAAGCACUCUAAAUCCGUCAAAUCCGUCACCCUCGUUGCCCCUCCUUACUUUCCUUCAAAGGAUGGAGUAGAAUUCACGGUGAUCAAUAGCCUUACGCCCAAGAAAUUGUGGCCGCCGGAAGCGUUUCUUUCAUCGGUCAUGACAUGGUAUGAGCACUUGGGUCGAUGUGUUUGUUUAUUAAUGUGCCGAAACCAUACGACAUGGGAGAGGCUUAUUAAGCGACUCACAGGAGUAAGGGAUCUGAAUUUCAUGUUUUUGGACUUGACCAAGCACACCCAUCAUUCAGGCUGGCAUACCACACAUAAUGUGCUAUACAGGGGAGUAAAACAGAUGGAUAGAAACCUGGAAAUUUUGAUGAAAUCAAAGAAAAAAGUGCACGUAUUUAUGGGAACCAGGGACAGAUCUGUUCCACCAGAUUGUGGGGACAAGAUGAAGAAGAAAUUCCCUGAUGUGGAGGUCAACAACAUCCCAAAUGCUGGCCACCGCUCUGUCAUCUUUAGAAGAGAGAAAGAUUUUGCUCAUGAUUUGUUGCAGAUUUGGGAAAAUGCUGCAGCUGAUCAUCAUGAUUUGCAUGAAGUUUGA